GUCCCUCUAGUGAACCUUAACUGACACAUCCCCCUUGUGCCUUUGCUCAGGUGUUCUCUUUGCCUAAUUAGCAGUUUAAUGAGUGGGUUAACAAUCAGCUUUGUCUUAGCAGCUACUUCCAUUUAGGACAGGUUUCCACUCCCAUUCCCCUCCUAAUCUCCCAUCCUCCUAGGGAGGAGGGACUCUUGCUGGCUGCUCCCUACCUAGUUGCCUGACUUCUCUCUGGCAGCCUGAAUUGGGCCCCUCCACAGCUCCUCGAUGAUCUGCAGCCUGCAGGCAGGAUCUCCCUGUACCCUAAGGAGUACAUCAUCAUUUCCACCAGAAAGUCAACGCCUACUUUAUCAUGGGCAAAUCUUACUUGUAGGAAAUAAUUAUGCAGAAUCGUGGGAGGCUGUCUUCUACGAAGUCCCAUGAGUAUCUUAUUCUUGCUGGAAAGAAAGCGAUGACAUGGCUGGGGCGACACCACUUGAAAGUGGACAGUCUCUCUCCCUUUGACAUGGAAUUGGUUUGAAGGCUUAGAUGUCGGCUUCUCUGAGACCCAACACAGAGUGCACUGGUCUUGGUAGACUCAGCUGGACUUUAGAGCCUCCAGCCUAGGGCACAGGAGCCCCUCCCCACCCCGUGCUCCAACUGCCACUCCUCUGUCACCGGACUUUGCCUCUCACCUCCAGUACCUGCCUGUCCUUUGGAUGACUGCUGGCUCAGCACAGCUUUUUUGAGGUGAAAACCUCAUUUUGUGGUUUAGGCACUAGACAGAUGUAGUUUUGUGCAGAAAAAUCAACUACCUUUAGGUUUUGCUUAUUGGGUAUUGCUUAUUGUUUUUAAAUGCAUUAAAAAAUCUUGCUGCCUCUCCCUCUUCUAUUUUGCAGGGCACUGGGGAGGAAAUCCACAUGAGUAUCUGAAGACCUUUUGGUUCUGCUCAGCUUUGUAUGAGGGCUGCUUUCUCAGAGGUGCUCUAGAUGUCAUAAAAAGGAGAAGAAAAUGGACUUGGAGGUCAUUGUGCCAAUUGACCUCAGUUCUGGAGAUCAUCAGCACCUAGUUCAGAAAGCAGUAGAUGAAGAUGCAUCCCAACCUGGUUGGCCCUCCACAUCUUUACCUGCAAAGAUGUCAAAGGAAGCUAAAGGAAAUCCAAACCCAAAGGCUGACAAGCCAGUGAAUACCUAGGUGAUACAAAUUUCAGAUGAUACAACCCCAAAUGAUAACAGUGUAACUAUACACAGUCCAUUCUCAGACAGAUCUGUCGGCCAAGAUGAGAAGAAAGAAAUUACCUACUUUACAGCUUUCAUUGCAAAAGUGUUCCUCCUCCUGUCAGCUCAGUUGUUAAUCACUGCCAUAAUUGUGGGCACAUUUGUUUUCUGGAAUGCUUUAGGAGUGUGGGUAGUUACACACCCCUUGUUCAUAUGUGCACUCUUUCCAGCAUUUUUUGUGAUAUUUAUUGUACUUGCUUGCUGUGGGACUAUCCACCGGGAGGUGCCUGCAAAUUACAUUCUCCUGGGAUUGUUUACUCAGUGUCUCACCCAUGUGUUAGAAAAUAUAUGGGAAAAACCAUCCUCUGCUGGUGUCCUUACACGACAGUUUCAAGGUCCUGAGCCUGACCACGGGCUGGACAGCUCUUCUUUGUCUCACGUCUGCCCUGACUGCACACCAGCUUUCAGCCCCUGCUUUUCUCCCAUGCUGUCCCCCCAAGCCAUGCGGGCUCCAUCUGGGUGGCAGGUGUCCUGCAAUGAAGUCCUCCUGCAGCCUUUUCCCCCUCGUCGGCACCUACAGGUGCAGCUCCAUUCCCUGGUGGCAACUGCCCUUCAGCCCCAUCUCCUGGCACUGAAGAUGUCCCAUUCUCACUCAGGCCGGGGGUUUGAGGAAAUAUUUUAUGCUCAUCAGACGGUUCUUGAAGGUCUGCUGCUAGGAACUAUAUCGGUUUUCAACAGUGCCGAGGAAGUGUUGUGGGCAACAGCAGCAACCACUCUGGUGACAUUAGCGCUCACUAUAUUUGCUCUACAAACAAAAUGGGAUUUUACCUGGCUAAAUGCAAUGCUGUUUGUUUUCCUCUGCGUACUUUUCAUCUAUGGAAAUUUGAUGCUCUUCGUAUGAUCACAUUGGCUGAACCUAUUGUAUGCUGGAAUCGGAGCCCUAGUGUUCUCCUUGUACCUGGUGAUGGAUGUGCAGCUCAUGGUAGGAGGGUACCAGUAUGACAUGGACCCUGAAGAGUAAGUUUUUGCUGCCCUGGGGAUUUACUUGGACAUCAUCAACCUUUUCCUUUUCAUUCUGCAACUGAUUGGACAAGCACGGUAGUUAUAUGGCCAGUGUCAGCUUCGGAUGAGAACAGAGGAAGGAGCACUUAUGAAUUGAUAUGUGGCUCAGACAUGAACUUCAUAAUCCCUUU